AUGGAUGAUAUGUUAUUCCAGUUAAAGUUUACCAACAAGCAACUGGAACGACUUGCUCGAAAAGCUGAAAAAGAACAACAUGCUCAACAGAACAGAGUCAAAAAAGCAAUCCAGCAGAAGAAUCUUGAUGUCGCCAGAGUUUAUGCAGAGAAUGCCAUCCGGAAGAAAAAUGAAUCUUUGAAUUAUUUGCGCAUGGCAGCUAGAGUUGAUGCUGUGUCCAGUAAGGUCCAAACUGCUCUUACUAUGAAACAGGUAACAAAGAACAUUGAAGGAGUAACAAAAUCAUUAGAAAAGGCAAUGUCAUCUUUGGAUUUACCAAAAGUUGAACAAAUUAUGGAGAAAUUUGAGAAACAGUUUGAAGAUCUUGAUGUACGAACCUCAACCCUGGAAUCUUCCAUGAGUUCAGCCACCACAUUAACCACUCCACAAGAUCAAGUUGAAGUACUGAUCCAACAAAUUGCUGAAGAAAAUGGUCUGGAGAUGAUCGACCAACUACAAGACCUCAAUCCAGCCACUGGUUCAAUUUCAUCCACAACUGCUGCUGCAGAUUCCACAAGAGAAGACGAACUUGCUCGGAGGUUACAAGCUUUGAGGAACUGA